AACGCGCAGUUUAGUGUCUUGCAGUCAGAUGUUUAACCGAUCUCGAAACAGAUCGUGUGCUAGUCAAGAUCAUCCCUACAGUUUGCCUAAAGCUUAACUGUUUAAAGCCAUCGGGUUGGCUCCGGUGGAAACAUUAUUGAUCCGCAAAGUGACCUAAAACGGGGACGGGGGGCUCUUCUUUAAAACUAAAGUUUUGUACUACGAAGAUUAGCUGCCGAGUGAGCUGUCGUGUGCGGGUAUGUGUGAGUCUCGCACUGUGCUAGUGUGUGUGUGUUUGGGUUUCACUGCAAAACGAUUAGACAGUACAGGAGAGGAGGCAGACCCCGCCUCGAAAAACGCUCGAACACGAUCACCAAGCAGCGCGCGUACAAAGUAGAAGAAACAGCAACAACCAACCAACCAACCCACAGCUAGAGCGAAAAGAAAACACACGAAAACAGAACUAAACAUGGAUAAACCGUCGCGACCGGUGCGAAAUCGUAAGCGUAGUAGAAAAGCAUGGCCACCGGGCGAUAGCCACCGUCCGGUAAAACGGCUAUUUACACCGGAAAUCAAGCGAAUGCUCAAGGACUGGCUGGUGAGGCGCCGGGAAAACCCGUACCCCAACCGGGAGGAAAAAAAGCUGCUCGCCGUUGAGACGGGCUUAACGUACACCCAGAUCUGCAACUGGUUCGCGAACUGGCGCCGAAAGCUCAAGAACUCUGGUAACGAUCCGAUCCGCAAGACGUGGGGCAAUCUGAUCAAGAACUACAACACCAAUGCACGGGGAAACGUGGAGCAGUUUAGCAUCUGCUCGAACGAUAGCAUUUGGGGCGAGAACGGGGAAGAGUCGCAAGAUUCGCGAACGUCCAGCUCGGGCGAACAUCCUUACACCAAUCGUCACAGGCAUCAUCACCAUCACCGCUAUCAUCUUGGUCAUCAACGGCAGGGUCAAAAGUAUGAGAGCAACGACAACCCUGGUAACCCGUUGCCCUACCACGUGUAUGCCGAGGCAGGUGACUGUGCUGGCGAUAAUAACAAUAGUGACUCGUGUCGGAACAAUAACCUAGACUGCAGACCAUUUGCCGAGUACAUGCGAGUUCCGGAGUAUGGUCGAAUUGAGGAAUGUCCGAGCAACGAAGGCUUACGGGAUAGCUAUCCUCCGACCGCGUUUCGAAUAGAUCACUGCUAUACUCCACGUAACUACGACACCGUCUUCGGGCUGCCCGAGGACACGCGAUGCUACAAGGUCACACAGUUCGACAGAUCUUACGAUCCAGAGAGUGGGGCAAGGCUUGAACCCAUCAUUCUCACUGCCACACCUGCUCACUAUGGCCGUUCGUUCACGGCGAAAGAUGCUCCCAAUGGGGGCACGCUCUAUCUGACGCCGUCCACCACCCUCUCUCCUGCUGCUGGCGCUCCCACAAUCACCAGUGGAAGAUCUCGAUCGAGCAAGUACAAGAGCAGCAUCAUGGAGAAGUACCUGCGCGAUCUAGGCGAACUGGAAGCGUCCGAUGAACCGGUGGAUGAACCGACCACCAUGAUGCCGGUACUGAUGGCUACCAUACCGUUUCAGCAGAAACACUGUGUUCAUGCCCACGGCCACGGACUGCAGCUACAGGCUCCAGCAGCGAUCAGUUACGAUACCGCCGUGUUACGCGGGCCGCCGUCACUAACGAAGUGGCUAGAAAGUGCCGCCAAGUUUACACCGUCCAAGCACAACUACAUCGAUUGGGAAUGCUCUGGGAAACAAUCGUCAACGAAGAGGCGGUUAGACUCUGGCGGAAACUAUUACGCCAUUACGGACAGUGGUAGUGAUGGUGGUUGCAAAUAUGCUGCACCACUAUACGGGGAAUCGAUACAGUCAAGCAUUGGCAGUCUUGACCACCAGAAGGAUGAGCUCGAUGCGGCGGAGGCACUGACGAAGCUUGCGAACAAUUUUCGAACGAAAUUUUCCGCCUAACUGAGGUACGCUCAAAUGUAUGGCGGAAAGUAUGAUUCUGGUCAGCGCAUUCCUUAAGUUAUGCCAGCAGCUGUAGAAAAUAUGGUACCGUGUUACAAAACAAUAAAGAAGUGAUACUGCUUGCGAGCGGCCAACGAAA